UACUUUCAAGUCGUCUAUUUAAUAUAAUCGCUAUGAGAUCAUUUCAAUUUUUUACCAUAAUAUCUAAAUUUUUUUAACGGUUUUGAAUAGUUUUUAAAUUGAAAAUUUAAAUUCUGUAAUUUCAAUGGGUGCACAGCUUUAAAUGUUCAGCCAAUAAUAGCUUCUUGAACAUUAAUGUUUAAUUUAUUUCAUUUUUUUAACUUAGACUCUUAACUAUCAGCGUAGAAUUUAAUUGAUAAGAAUAAUCAAAAGGAAAAAAUCAUUAUGGCCGAAGAAAAACUUUCGAAAAAUGAAUUGAAACGACGAUUGAAAGCAGCACAAAAGGAAAAAGAAAAACUUGAAAAAGAUGCCCAUAAGCCGGAAAAGGUUGAAAAGUCAAAUGAAAACAAAAAAGAAGCUAAAAUUGACGAGUCUGAAAUCUCUCCAAAUGAAUACUUCAAAUUACGAUCAGCAGCAGUAACAGAAUUAAAAAGCAAUCCAUCAACACAUCCAUAUCCUCAUAAAUUUCAUGUCUCAUCAUCAUUGGAAGAUUUCAUCGAGAAGUUUAGUCAUUUGAAAGAUGGAGAAAUGUUGGAAAAUGAAAUGCUGAGUGUAGCUGGAAGAGUUCAUGCAAUUCGAGAAUCAGGAGCGAAGCUUAUCUUCUAUGACGUUCGAGGUGAAGGCGUUAAAAUUCAAGUCAUGGGAAACGCUAAAUUAUAUUCAAGCGAAGAAGCAUUUUCUGAAGACACUGACAGAAUUCGUCGAGGUGAUAUUAUCGGCAUCAAUGGAUAUCCUGGAAAGACAAAGAAAGGCGAACUUUCGAUCAUUCCCAAAUCAAUAAAACUUUUAUCACCAUGUCUUCAUAUGCUGCCACAUUUGCAUUUUGGAUUAAAAGAUAAAGAAACACGUUUUCGAAUGCGUUAUCUCGAUUUGAUUCUUAACAACCGUGUUCGUGACAUUUUUUACGUACGAUCGAAGAUUAUUUCGUACAUACGGCAAUUCUUCGAUAAACAAGGAUUCCUUGAAGUUGAAACACCAAUGAUGAAUAUGAUUCCUGGUGGUGCAACAGCCAAACCUUUCGUUACUCAUCACAAUGAAUUAAACAUGGAUCUUUACAUGAGAAUUGCUCCUGAACUUUAUUUAAAGAUGCUCAUUGUUGGUGGCUUAGAUCGUGUCUAUGAAAUUGGAAGACAAUUCCGCAACGAAGGCAUUGAUCUUACACACAAUCCGGAAUUCACAACAUGCGAAUUUUAUAUGGCAUACGCUGAUUAUAGCGACUUAAUUGAAAUAACUGAGAAGCUUUUGUCAGGAAUGGUUAAGUCUAUUCAUGGCAGUUACAAGAUAAAAUAUCAUCCAGAUGGUCCUGAAGGUGAAGAAGUUGAAAUCGAUUUUACGCCUCCAUUCAAGCGUGUCUCCAUGUUGAAGACAUUGGAAUCGAUUUUAAAAGUAAAAUUCCCUGUAGCCACUGAAAUGGCAACAAAGGAAACAAACCAAUUUUUCGAUCAACUUUGUAUCAAACAUCAAGUUGAAUGUCCGCCACCAAGAACAACAGCCAGACUCUUGGACAAAUUAGUGGGCGAGUUUUUGGAAGAAGAUUGUAUUAAUCCAACAUUUAUUUGUGAUCAUCCACAAUUGAUGAGUCCAUUGGCGAAAUAUCAUCGAAAUGAACCGGGACUAACUGAGCGUUUCGAAUUGUUUAUAAUGAAGAAAGAAAUUUGUAAUGCUUACACGGAGUUGAAUGAUCCAUUUGUACAACGUGAGAGAUUUGCACAACAAGCCAGUGAUAAAGCGGCCGGUGACGAUGAAGCUCAAUUGGUUGAUGAGAAUUUCUGUAUGGCACUCGAAUAUGGUUUGCCACCAACUGGUGGUUGGGGAUUAGGAGUUGAUCGUUUAACGAUGUUCUUGACCGAUAACAACAACAUCAAGGAAGUUCUUCCCUUCCCAGCAAUGAAACCUGACGAUACUUCGAAAGGACAAAAUCAAACUGAUUCUGAAACUACUGAACCAGUUAAACCGUUUUUUGUAACAGAAAUUUAUUCAAAUUUCAUAAAUUUAAAUGAAGUCAUGGCGAGCUUGGACCGAUACAAUUCCUUUGACGAGGAUGAAGAUUAUGAUGAGCUUGAUAACUCACAGCGAAUAAAUAUGUCGAAUCGUGCUUACAAUUAUCCUGAAAAUUAUAAUUACUUUCAAUCAUCACCGAGAGAUUUGACUCUGAAUCUUCCAAAGACGACCACAAAUAGCUUUAAAAGUUAUCAACCUGUUUUCGACUCACCUGAAUCGGAUGAGGUAUCAAUCACACGCUAUUUGUCAGUAAGUGUCUCCUUGGUCAGCUUAAUAACUGAGAACCUUCUCAGUCAUCCUUUCAUCGUUCUACGAAGACAAUGUCAAGUUUAUCAUAAUUCAAAAAGACGUCAUUUGGUACCAAUAACUUUAGUGCCAGUGAUUGUUCAUUUACAUCGUAGACAAGGUGUCACGACAUUAUGGAAAGGCAUUGGAAGUUCUCUAUUGGUUCGUGGAAUGUCAUUGGCAGUUGAAGAUGUUUUAUCAAAAUUCACACCUUGGCCUAAAGAAAUCAACUCAAGAACAACUGUUAAACAAUUUACGCAUCAUUUAAUAUUGAAAUCAAUUUCGUUGGCUAUCAUCAUGCCAUUUUAUUCAGCAUCUCUUGUUGAAACAGUUCAAUCUGAUAUAGCAAGUGAGAAACCUGGCAUUCUUGAUGUGUUUCGUGAAGGAUCAGCAAGGCUUUUCUCUUGGAGUUCACCAGCAAAAGGAAGAAUGUUACCUGUUUGGGUUCUUCUUGGCCCUUGGGUUUCUUUUGGCCUUUCAAAAUAUUUAGUAAGUGUCAUUGUUAAAGGAAUUUCGACUAGAAUUAUCAGCAAACAAAUACACCGUCGUGAAGAGAAGAAAGGUGCACGACCGAAAGACUUAACAGCAAUCAACAAUGAGAUUGAAUUGUAUUCGAACAUCAUUUCAUUGAUUUCAUCUGAAGUUUUGUUUUAUCCUUUUGAAACUGUUUUACAUAGAAUUCAACUUCAAGGAACGAGAACAAUUAUUGAUAAUCUUGACAGUGGAAUUCAAGUUGUUCCAAUUUUAACAAAUUAUGAAGGUGCCAUUGAUUGUUAUAUCAACACAGUGACAUCGGAAGGCUUUGGUGGCUUGUAUAAAGGAUUUGGAGCAAUGAUUUUACAGUUUGCUGCUCAUUUAGCUGUCAUCAAGAUUUCGAAAUGGAUAAUAAAUCAAAUAUCAGAGAUUUGCUCUGAUAAAGCGCCACCCAAAGUUACUGAAUUCUACAACCUUGAACCAGCAACACUUUCCUUGCAAUCUAUGCAACAACAAGGAUCAACUGUUUCCAGAAGUCUGUCUUAUGUCAGCUCUUUGAAUGACGAACCAUGAGCUAGAACUGUGAUAAAGAAUCAAUCGUUUUCGUCCCAGCUGAUCGACCCAACAUCAAUCAUCAAAGCUUGUCAAGUCCUUUCGCAUAUAAAUUAAAAAUAGUUGAGAUUUAAAUUAAAAUCGGUUGAAUAAUAAAAAAUAUUAAAUUAAAAUAAG